AUGUCUAACCAAGAGAUCGCCACGACUGCAUCCAAUGAAGAAACACCACUACUGCGAACCGGCUCUGCUUCUGCGUCAAGCAACAAUGGAAGAACACCUCUACCCAAGCUGCAGAUAGCCAUCGUAUUGCUCCUACAGAUUUGUGAGCCCAUUAGCAGUCAAUCCAUUUAUCCGUAUAUCAACGCUUUGAUCAGCGAGUUGGACAUCACUGGAGGAGAUGAGAGAAAAGUGGGGUAUUAUGCCGGUUUAAUUGUUGAGUGGGAAUCCCUUUUUUUCGCCACCGAGGCUCUGACGGUACUCCAAUGGAGUAGAGCCUCUGACCAUAUUGGACGAAAACCGGUUCUAUUAAUCGGGAUGCUUGGAUUAACAAUAUCAAUGCUGUCAUUUGGGCUUUCUCGUACUUUCUGGGCGCUGGUGAUCAGCCGAUGCUUGACUGGUCUAUUGAAUGGAAAUAUCGGAGUGAUGAAGAGUGUUAUGGGAGAACUCACAGACUCCACAAACCGAGCAGAGGGUUUCGCAUUGAUGCCAGUUGUAUGGGGCUUCGGCGCGACAAUGGGACCCCUGUUAGGAGGCUCUUUAUCUCAUCCUCACGAGCGCUUCCCAAAUUACUUUGGCGCGUCAUUUUGGAAAGAGUAUCCAUACUUUUUGCCAUGUCUUGUAGCUUCAGCCUAUGUACUGUUUGCCUCGCUAAUUGCGCUCAUUUGGUUUAAAGAAACAAUACCGAAGCGAAAGAACCCACAGCAAGCUCUCGAAUCCUGUGAUGGGACAAAAUCUGCCUCACGUGAGGAUCCUGUCCCGCUUCGAGAACUCCUCGUGUAUCCGAUUAUUCUCUCGGUCUCAAACUAUGUCGUACUGGCGUUCCUCAACAUAGCCGUUUGUGCUUUGUUGCCACUAUUUUUGGCUAUGCCCCUCGAAAUAGGAGGCCUCAACUACGACCCACCUGCCAUUGGCUAUAUCAUAGGAUCCUAUGGCGCAGGCAGCGCGAUAUUCCAAGCCUUCUUCUUUGCACGGAUUGUGCGAUACUUUGGAGAGAAACGGAUUUUCGUGUCUGCUAUGUCCACUUUUAUCCCGGUGUUUUUGUUGUUUCCCAUGAUUAACAUCUGCGCCCUGCAUUUCGGUCAGCAGUCCACUGCCGUAUGGUGUCUCAUUGCCAUCCUCCUCGCCAUGUUGGCAUUCAUGGACAUGGCUUACGGGACUAUCUUCAUGUAUAUCACGACAUCCUCUCCCAACAAGCGUUCACUAGGAGCCACGAACGGUCUUUCACAGACCACGGUGUCGAUCGCACGGGCUAUCGGCCCUGCUCUGUCGACAUCGCUAUUUUCGUACUCGGUCGAGAAAAGAUUGUUAGGCGGCUUCGGUGUAUACGCAAUCUUUUCCAUCCUUUCUGUCUUCGCGUUAUACCUUGCCACUCGACUUCCAAACAAAACAUGGGACGCCAUCCAAUCCGAGCCCAUCGACGACUAA